AUAGAUUCAGGUUGUAAAGCGCAACAUACAAGAUUUGUGAGGAGUAGUAGUCCACUCGUCUAUACCUAGAUAACUCUGUGAACACUGCUCUCGUUUGUUGUCAUGUCUGGCAAGCACAAAAAGAAAAAUCUGGAACUUUAUGGCUAGUAUAAAGAAAUAUUUAGUAUGUUGUUUACAAUAAGUGCUAACUGCCCAACCUCCCUAUUUUGGGCAACUUUGGGUAAUUUUUCGGGUUUUCCUCAAAACCGCAAAAAUAUAGUAGUUUUCCCCAAAGUUUAGGGGAAUUUUGGGGAAAAACCUUAAAGUGUUGUAAGAUUUGGGGGAAAUAUUGGAGAAAACCUAGACAUUUCCCCAAACAUUCUCAGGAUUUUCCACAGACCUGGGGAAAUUUUGGGAUUUUCAUUCCACUUCCCUAAAACUUCUUCAAAGUUUCCUAUCUUGGUUCCCCUCAAAUAGGGGGAUUGGGUUUGUACAGCGUUAAUGCUGUUGUUCCUUAAAUACAUAGAAAAUUUAGGGUUUCUGUAGCUGAAAAGUCCCUAGCACUUAAGUGCUGUUCAGUACUUUAAUUAUCAGGGGGAAGAUUGUUUAUGAUUUCAAUAAAUAAAAAGUGUGGAAACUCAAAUGACACAGUGAAAGGUCGAAAAAAUCGGUUGGUAUCUACUAGCUCAUAAAAACAUUAUAUAUCUGGAGAAUGUGAUCUAAGUGAAUGCUAAAUAUUAGCACAGAGUCCUCAGCUUCCACGUGUAUCGAUUACCAUUGCUAUUACUACUACUACUACUACUACCACUACUACUACUAUUACUGCAUUAUGUGUUAUAACUCACCUCUUGUGAUUAGCAUUUAAAUCUACAUAAAAUCAAAUAUCUUCCUUAAAACCAUUCUCAGGCUUUUUUUUGAUAUAGGAAACCAUACAACUAAUCGAAAAAUUCUCUUGCUAUCCAUUCAUAGCCUCAAAAUCUAACUAACCAGGCCACAUAUCUCUACUCGCCUUGGUGAUGUUAAGUGUAGAAAUUUGGGCAGACGGAUACGUUUGUUAGGUUUCAUGUCAUUUAUGUUUGCUUUUGUGUACAAAUAUCCACUUAUUUGCCAGAAUCCAGGAUAAUUACAUGGAAAUAGACUUUUAACUGGAUUUUAUGACGCAAUGGAGAAGCAGAAAAGUAAUUAUUUUAACAUAAAAGUGUGUAGACGACAUUUCCCAAGAAAACAAACCUUGAGUUUUAUGUUUUUCUUUACAUUAUCUUUAAUUCUUGUUAUAUCAACUUCAUAUUUAGUUUAUAAUAAUCAGGGCCUGAGUUUAAAUUAUUUUGAACAUCCGCUUAAUGUGGAUUUGUACGUGAUAUAUGAAAAUGAGUUCAAAAUGUCGAACAACAAGGCAUCGGUUAAACCUAUAAAUCCUGUUAAAUUUAACGCAAUUCUCCAACCAAUACAUUCUUGUAAAUUGUCCAAUCAAUCUGAUGCUUCACCAGAUCUAGUUAUUUUUGUCAAAUCAGCGUUGUUACACUUUGAAUCACGUAAUAAUAUACGCCAAUCUUGGGGUAAUUCAAACUGUUUCCGUUAUUCCGGAGUGCGUGCUCGAACUCUUUUUAUUCUUGGUAGAUCAGGUUCCGCCGAUUGGGAAAAUUCCAGUACUCAAAAUCUGGUACUACAAGAACAUAUAAAGCAUAACGAUAUAGUUCAGUUUGAUGUUAUUGAGGACUAUCAUAAUGUUACGUAUAAGCUGAUAGCGACAUUAGACUUUGCUAUCAAUGAAUGUUCCUCUCCUCGAUUUUUCACUUUGAUUGACGAUGAUUUCAUGUUGCACCCGUCUAAUUUGCUUCGGACACUUUCCGAAGUUACUGAAACUCAGUAUUUGAACUAUAUAGCUGGUGAUGUGUUGCGUAUCUCCAAACCGAUGAGGUUCCCGUCCAAUAAAUGGUAUAUAUCCUACUCAGACUAUCCAUACAAUUUGUAUCCACCCUAUCCUACUGGCGGAACUAUUAUUCUUAGCAUGCCUGUCGCAAAGCUGCUUUCUGUUGGUCUGAGAUAUACUAAAUUACUUCCUUUUGAAGAUGUUGUAAUUGGCCUUCUAUUAUAUAAACUGGGUAUUAGCCCUGUACAUUUGGAUGGUGUUUUUGCAGUUCGUCAACCAGACGAUCAUAUUGAUCUCAUAAGUCUUCAUGGGUAUGGUGAUAGUUCCUUUUCUUUAUCUAGUUGGAAUAAGCUUGGUUUACAGACUGUUUGCAACGAGUAGCUUGUUUUCUUGGUUGCUUCUUUGUUAUUGUUUGUAUAUUCAAUAUGUCACAGUUUGUUAACGUUAUGUUAACUUUGGAGAAUUUCUAGUCAACUAAUAUUCACUUUUUGAUUUGCUGAUAACUUCUUUGAAAGUGCAGUUACUUAGUUACUAGUAAAAAUGUCACACCUAAAAUUUCACAUGCUAAUAAUCAAACUGUUUGUUACUCAACUUGUCAAAUAACUAAUCACAAACUAUCUAACUGUAAUGUAAAUAUUUAUAAAAUUCUCAUCUUGUAAAUAAGUCGUAACUACAUAUUUUUCAUUUCAAAUUAAAAGUAACUUGCUA